AUGUCUGAUAUUAAAGUUAAGGACCUCCGUGGCUUGAGCAAGCAGGAGUUGGAGAACCAGCUCGUUGACCUUAAGGAGAACCUCCUCAAGCUCCGUGCUAAGCAGCAGUCCGUCAAGGCUGGUGAGAUUAAGCGUGUCCGCAAGUCCGUUGCCCGCACCCUCACCAUCCUCAACGUUUCCCAGCGUGAGGCUGUCCGUGAGCUUUACAAGUCCAAGAAGUACACUCCUAAGGACUUGCGUGCUAAGAAGACCCGUGCCAUCCGCCGCCGUCUCUCCGAGGAGGAGGCCAAUGCCAAGACCGUCAAGGCUCAGAAGAAGGCUUCUGCCUUCCCCAAGCGCAAGUACGCUAUCUCGGCCUAA